UACCCCUCCUCCCACCCAACUAGCAAACACUUCACUUCACAACUACAAAUCAUUAAACACCCUCAGUCCCUCACCACCAAAAAACCAGAACACCCACCAAAAAAAACAGGGCAAAAAAACAGGGGAAAGAAAGAUCAACAGAAGAAAAAAAUGGCGAUUUCCUCGAAAACUACGAUGUGGGUAGUGUUGAUUUUUGGCCUAAUAUCAAUCGGAAGCUUGAAUGUGAAUGCACAAUCUCCUGCGCCAGCGCCGGGGCCAGGAACAGAUAUGGCGUCAGACUGUAUGACACUGAUAUACAAUAUGUCAGAUUGUUUAACAUAUGCUGAAAAAGGCAGUAAAUUAACAAAGCCUGAUAAAAAUUGUUGUCCUGAACUUGCUGGAAUGUUGGAUGCAAACCCACUUUGUUUGUGUCAAUUGCUUGGAAAAAGUAAGGAUUUUCCUGUGGAUUUGGAUCUUAAGAAAGCUCUUAAAUUGCCUUCUGCUUGUUCUCUUCAAACUCCUGAUGUUAGCUUGUGCUCAGCCGUUGGCAUCCCAGUGGGCGCACCAGCAGGAGCACCAACAUCAAGUGAAGGACCUUCUUCAUCAUCAUCAGCUGGGAUGUCGCCGGAGGCCGCAGAGGCUGCAGGAGGGAGAAAUGGAGCUUCAAGUGCACAUUUCAGUGUGGCUUAUCUUAUUGCUGGCUUUACAAUGGCAUUCACAUUGCUCAAACUUUGAAGUGUUUUUCAUCUGUUCUCCUCCAAUUACCAUGUUGCUUAAUUACAUUUAUUUGACCAUUCACAUUUGUAUUUGUACUGCUGAAAUGUGUUACUGUACUUAAUUCUAGUUUCCAGUUUAAGUUUUAAAUAUUUAUAAUAAUAAUAAUAAUAAUACAAUUGUUAUGAUGA